AAAUUAAUAGUUAUUUUUUAGUUAAAAAAUGUCUACAAACACAAUUCUUCUGAAAAAGUUCAAUUAUUUAAAAGAUUUAGCUUUUAUAAAUGGAAAGUGGACAUCAGGUAUUAAUAAAGCAACAUUUCCAGUAUUGUCUCCUACAACUAGACAGGUAGUGGCUAAUGUCCCAGAUUUAUCAGAAGUAGACAUCAAAGCAUCAAUAAGUUGUGCAAAUGAGGCAUUUCAUUCAUGGCAGCAUACUUCUUGCAGAUAUAGAAGUGAUAUUUUAAAGAAGUUAAGUUCCCAAAUGUUAAAGAAUGAGGAUGAAUUAGCUACCAUUAUGACUUUAGAAUGUGGAAAACCUUUUCAUGAAGCCAAAGGUGAAGUGAAAUACGCUGCAUCGUUUCUUGAAUGGUUUUCUGAAGAAGCUAAACGAAUUAAUGGUGAAGUUCUUCCAAAUAUCGAGCCUCAUCUAAGGCGUUUUGUGCUAAAGCAACCAGUUGGUGUGUGUGGCAUGAUAACACCUUGGAAUUUUCCACUUGCAAUGAUAACACGUAAAGUUGCUCCCGCCCUUGCAGCAGGAUGCACAACAGUUAUAAAACCAUCUGAAGAGACACCACUGUCAGCUCUUGCAUUUGCACAACUUGUUGAUGAGGUUCAGGUACCACAAGGUGUUGUUAAUGUUAUAACAUGUUCGAGAAAUAAUACUGAAUUAGCUGGACUUUUACUUUGCACGAGUCCUCUUGUUAGAAAUAUCUCAUUUACAGGAUCUACUAAAGUUGGAAAAUGGUUGUUAGAGAAGUCUGCUUCUACUGUUAAAAAGGUUUCUUUGGAAUUAGGAGGAAAUGCACCUUUCAUAGUUUUUGAUUCUGCAGAUAUAAAGCUUGCUGCAGAUAGAGCUGUUAAAGCCCGUUUUCGAAAUGCAGGGCAAACUUGCAUUUGCGCCGAAAGGAUUCUAGUUCAAGAGAAUGUUUAUGAGUCCUUUAUAGAUGAGUUCAAAAAAAUAACUAUGGCAUUAAGAGUACGAGAUCCUAUGAGUUCUGAAUGUGAUAUAAGCUCUUUAAUUAAUGAGCAAGCUCUUGCUAAAGUUGAAGACCAUGUUAACGACGCUUUGCUGAACGGGGGUAAAAUAGUAUGCGGUGGAAAAAAACUAUCUUCUAAUGGUCCAUUGUUCUACGAACCAACAAUAAUUAGAGAUUGCACAACUAAUAUGAAAUGUAUAGCUGAAGAAACGUUUGGACCAGUGGCACCUGUGAUAAAGUUUAAAACUGAAGAAGAAGCGCUUCUUCUUGCAAACAGCCGGAAUUCAGGGUUAUCUGGAUACAUUUUUACUAACAAUACAAGUCAAUCGUGGAGAGUAGCAGAAAGAUUAGAAGUAGGCAUGGUUGGUGUUAACGAAAGCGCUAUCACAAACGAAAUGGUUCCUUUUGGAGGAAUAAAGGAGUCUGGUCUCGGUAGGGAAGGAUCUUCGCACGGUAUCGAAGAGUAUAUAGAACUAAAACUUGUUUGCAUAGGAGCUUUGGAAAAUAAAUAAAAAUUUAAUUAUUUUUUCAUUUUAAAUUAUCUUGAACAAUUUUUUUAUUGUGGGUAUAUUUUCUUAUGUUUGACAUGUUUUAUACAUAUACAUUUUAUACAUUGCAUUGUUUAUUGUAAUAAAAUAGCAGUUGCUUAUAGUAAUUAACAAAUGUUUAUUUUUCUGUGUUAGAAAGUUUUUAUAUUAUUGGUUGUGGCUUUAUUCUUUGAUUUAUAUGAUCAACUAUAACAAUUGUGUUUUGUAAUGAUUAAUUUCAUAAUUUUAAAGGAAUAUUCUGUUCUUGUAAUGAUUAAUUGCGUAAUUUUUAGGAAACAUUCUGUUUGGAUCCGAGAA